GGCGCCGGGAGCGGGCGGGCGGCGGGCGCGGAGGCGGCGGCGCGGCCGGAGAUGCGCCCCGAGGAGGGCGGCGCGGCCGGGCUGGGCGAGCUGCGCUCGUGGUGGGAAGUGCCGGCCAUCGCGCACUUCUGCUCGCUCUUCCGCACGGCGUUCCGCCUGCCGGACUUCGAGAUUGAGGAGUUAGAAGCAGCUCUUCACAGAGAUGACGUGGAGUUUAUCAGCGACCUGAUCGCCUGCCUACUUCAGGGCUGCUAUCAGCGAAGGGAUAUCACGCCUCAGACCUUCCACAGCUACCUGGAGGACAUCAUCAGCUACCGCUGGGAGCUGGAAGAAGGGAAGCCUAACCCUCUGAGGGAAGCCAGCUUCCAGGACCUGCCCCUUCGCACCCGAGUGGAGAUCCUCCACCGCCUCUGUGACUACCGGCUGGACGCAGACGAUGUCUUCGACCUCCUCAAGGGCCUGGAUGCAGACAGUCUCCGUGUGGAACCGCUGGGUGAGGACAACUCCGGGGCCCUCUACUGGUAUUUCUAUGGGACGCGAAUGUACAAGGAGGACCCGGUACAAGGAAAAUCCAACGGCGAGCUCUCUCUGAGCAGGGAAAGUGAAGGACAAAAAAAUGUCUCAGGUGUUCCUGGGAAAACAGGAAAAAGAAGAGGAAGACCCCCCAAACGGAAAAAACUGCAGGAGGAAACUCUAGUGAGUGAAAAGCAGGAAGAAAACUCGUUAGCAUCUGAGCUGCAGACAAGAAAUGGGUCCCAGGGGCCAGGCCAAGGCUCCUGGUGGCUCCUGUGCCAGACGGAAGAGGAGUGGAGACAGGUCACCGAGAGUUUCCGGGAGAGGACCUCCCUGCGAGAGCGGCAGCUCUACAAGCUCCUCAGCGAGGACUUCCUGCCCGAGAUCUGCAGUAUGAUUGCCCAGAAGGAGACCCCUGUGCUCAGCAGGGUGGACAAGCAGAGGCGCAGGGAGGAGGAGGAGGAGCGCCAGGUUCUGCUCGCCGUGCAGAGGAAGGAGCAGGAGCAGCUGCUGAAGGAGGAGAGGAAGCGGGAGCUGGAGGAGAGGGUCAAGGCCGUGCAAGAUCGCGCCAAGAGAAGGAAGCUCAGGGAAGAGAGGGCCUGGCUUCUGGCUCAGGGGAAGGCGCUCCCGCCCGAGCUGUCCCACCUGGACCCUCACUCCCCGCCGCGGGAAGAGAAGAGGACGAGAGACCCCUUUGAGCUGGAUGACGACUUCACUGCCAUGUACAAAGUUCUGGACGUGGUGAAGGCUCACAAGGAUUCCUGGCCCUUUUUGGAACCAGUGGAUGAAUCGUAUGCCCCUAACUAUUACCAGAUUAUUAAGGUCCCCAUGGAUAUUUCAAGCAUGGAGAAGAAACUGAAUGGAGGUUUAUACUGUACCAAGGAGGAGUUUGUGAAUGACAUGAAGACUAUGUUUAGGAAUUGUCGAAAAUAUAAUGGGGAGAGUAGUGAGUACACCAAGAUGUCGGACAACCUGGAGAGGUGCUUCCACCGCGCGAUGCUGAAGCAUUUUCCUGGUGAGGAUGGGGACACGGACGAAGAGUUCUGGGUCAGAGAGGAGGAGAAGCGGGAGAAGAGGCGUGGUCGGGCCGCGCGCAGCCACGUGUGCACCCGCUCGCGGGACUCGGAGGCGCCCGGCCGGAAGCAGCAGCCCGCGGAGAACGGAGGGAAGUCGCUGCCCCCCGGGCGCCGCGCUGCCUCCUCUGGGGCCGGUGAGAGCAGCGGCUCCGUGCAGCCCCCUGGCGAGGCGGGCACCCCGAACAGCCGCAGCCUCCCUGGACCCCUGCAUUAUGGUGGACCCAGCCAGGCACCCCUCUCAGGCCAGCUGAGGCCAGCAGGACAGGGAACAUUUUGUCCUCUCCGAGGGUCGGAUCCUGCCACCAUCCGUGUCUCCUCUGGAGCCCCAGAGCCACACCCCGGCGGGCCUGGACAGCAGCCCCAGCCUUUAGCGGUGCAGCCUCCAGCUGGAAUUCACCACCACCGAGGCCCCUCCGACGAGAAGCCGGUGUGCGGGGGGCUAGCGCCCCUCGCUGACAUGGGAUCGCGUCCUGGAGCCUCGCUGCUCGGGCAGAUGAGCAGCCCCGGCCAGGAGGGGACUAUGUAUCCCCCAGCUCAUUUCCAGCCAGGCUUUCUCCCUCCCAGGCACAGUGGGGCUCCGGCCCGACCCCAAGCCUUUCCCGAGAGUUCAGAAAUCCCCCCCAGCCACAUGUACCGAUCCUACAAGUACCUGAGUCGAGUACACUCUGCAGUCUGGAAUGGAAAUCACGGUGCUACAAAUCCAGGACCCUUGGGGCCAGAUGAGAAGACCCCGAUGGGGCCAGGACCCUCCCACCAGCCUCGUACUCUGGGUCACAUGAUAGAUUCCCGAGUGAUGAGAGCACCCCUCCCCCCAAACCAGUGGCCAGAACAAUCGGGCUUCCUACCUCAUGGAGUUCCUUCUUCGGGAUACAUGCGACCACCCUGUAGACCUGGCGGACAUCGGUUCCAGCCUCCUCCAGCACCAACGCAAAGUUCUCUCUUUGGAGCCCCGGCCCAGGCCCUGCGGGGAAUGCAGGGCGGGGACUCCAUGCUGGACAGCCCAGAGAUGCUCGCCAUGCAGCAGCUCUCCUCGCGGGGGUGCCCACCAGGCAUGCCUUACCGCCCCCGCCAGCCCGUGCCGCCCCCCGCGCCUGGCCCUUACCCCCCAGUGGGCGUGGCGGCCCCCAAGCCUGCCUCGGGGGACCCUGGGCGGACACAGGACAGCAGGGAAACACUGGAGCCUGAGAACGGCCGAGCAGAUCCCUUGCCUGGGCUCGAGGAGAAACCAGCCAGUGUUGGUGCUUUGGAGGGGGCGUUCCUCAAGCAGCUACCUCACCCCGCGCCCCCGCUGCAGGCCGACUGUGCCAGGCGGAGCUCGCCCCAGGGAAGGGAUGCGGAUGGCCCAGAGCUCAGGCGCGAGUCCUCGGAGCCUGGAGACAGCUGCCCAGUGAGCGCGGGCAGGGGCGCCUGGCUCUCGGGGAGUGGCUUUGCAGGCCCAGCCGCCCAGGGGUGCACCCUAGCUGACCCGGGGGCCCUGCCUGAAAACGGACUGAGGGUGGAAGCCUCCCCGUGUGGGUCCGAGGGCAAGGGCAGAGCGCCACCGGAGGCCGUGCCACCCGCCGAGCCCACGUGCUCCCCCCUGUACGCGCCUGGCCUGGAGUACCCCAGCUCCACUGCACGGUACCACGUCGGCCCAGGCCUGCAGGCUGUGGGCCCCGUGAUGGGGGGCAAGCCCUCAGCCCCGCACCCUCAGCCUUUUCCCCCUCGGGCGUUUCCGUCCCACGACCCUCAUUCUGGAGUCUUCCCCCGGUACCGUCCCCACCAGGGAAUGAGGUACCCCUACCAGCCGCCACCUCAGCCUUCCUACCAUCACUACCCACGGACUCCUUAUUACUCGUGUCCACAGGGCUUUUCAGACUGGCAGAGACACCUCCCUGCCCCGGGAAGCCCAAGCGGGCCCCCGCCGGCUCAGCCCGCCCCCGCCAGGCCCCUCUUCCUCGAUAAAAGCGCUGGGGCCGGGCUGCAGGGCUGCGAGGCGCUGAGCGCUGCCUUAACCUCCCCCGCACGGGUGGACGCCGUGGUCGCCAAGACAGCUGAUGGGCUGAAUCCCGGCCCAGAGGAGAAGCGGGAUGAGUCUGUGGAGAGGCCAGAGAGCCCCAAAGAGUUUUUAGAUCUGGACAACCACAAUGCGGCUACCAAGCGGCAGAGUUCAUUGUCAGCCAGCGAGUAUCUCUACGGCACGCCCCCUGCACCGCUGAGCUCGGCGCUGGGCUUCGGCUCGUCUGCUUUCCCCGCGCACGCGCACGGAGUGAUGCUGCACGCGGGGCCUCCCUACCCGCCGCAGCGGCCGGCCGGGCAUUUCCAGCCCAGGGCUUACUCCUCCCCCACGGCUGCUCACCCGCCUCACCGCCCCGCGGUGGCCCAGCCCAAUGGCCUGUCCCCCGAGUGUCCCCUCUACCGCUACCCAGAAGAGGGCCUGGGCCACUUCCAGGCUGUGAUGAUGGAGCAGAUGGGCCCUGGAAGUGGGGUGAGGGUGCCUUUCCAGGAGAUGUACAGACCGUCCGGACUGCAGAUGCACCCGGCCCAGUCCCGGCCCUCGUUCCCAAAGACGCCGGCACCAGCAGCGCCGCAGGAGGGGCUGCCACCACAUAAGCCCCCAACACUUCCCCUCGAUCAGGUCAGUGAUGAAAUAUCAGAGCUCUUCUCAUUCUUCCAGGCGGCAGGAAAGCUAGUUCAAGGAGGAAACAAGCCCCAGGGAAACAAAGCUGCGUAUGACCAGGGUGGAGAACGGGGAGGAGGGGGGCACGGCCCCACCCACCCCUCCCAUCAUUGGCAUCACUUCGUGCGUCCCAGAGCCUGGACGCCCCUCCUCACCGACGCACCUGCUCUCAAGGUCCUGGGCGAGAGUGGAGACCAGAUGGGCUGGACUCUGGUGGCUUUUCCAGACGCUGAGACUCUUGUUCAGGGAAGAUCAUCCUGACCUGGGGGGGCGGUGCUGGUGGGCUGUCAUGGCAGCUGCACUCAGGUAUACGUUUGGGGAAGGGACUUCUCGUGUUGGAUGUGUUUGGAGCUGGGUCCAGUUUACAGAGUUAUCGUGUUGCCUUUAAGAUGAUUUCUGUCGUUGGUGGUGAAUGUAAUGUACAUAAAGCCUGCAGGGCGGGUGGUGGGGAUGGAGUCUGGCCAGUGGGUCUGCAGCCCUGUUGACCCUCCUCUGUUUACAGCCCUGACCCACUCACAUUUGGGAGCUGGAAGAGAGGGCAGGCAAGGCCGCCGUGUUUCCUCUAACGGGCUCUUCCCUGUCAACCUAAGGGGCAGCCCCCCUCGCCUGGCGCCCAGGUCCUGGUCCGAGACGGCAGUGCCCCUCCUGGUUGGCCAGCUGCCCCGCCAGAUAGUUGUAAACCAAUAGCAGGAGCAUUUGCUCGUUAGAGGGUGAGGUGACACGUCCCCAUCACAGACCAGCCGGGACUGUGGUCUAGAAGACGCCACAAGCUUCCUGGCACGAAUCACAGUUUGUGGCAGUGACUACUCAGGUUUGUAUAUGUUUAGUAUCAAUAAAGAAGCUGCACAGUUUUUAAUAGGAAAAUGUAUUCUAUAGAUUUACAGCUUGAAUUUAGGAAUAUUUCAGUAUAUAUAGUUUUUAUUCAUUUUAUGUGAAUCAUAGUAAAAUAAGUCAUGGUGAUUUAAAAUAGCUAUCAAGAACAAGUUCUUGAAAUCACUUGUCUGUCUGUGAUAGGGCACAGUUUUACAGUAUUUACUUUAUUACAGUUUUAGAAGCCAACGACACUGGAUUCUCCCUGUUUAGCAUUCUUUGAUUUUAGGUGAGAUGCCACCAAAGUUAGGACUCAUACAUUUUAAACUUUCGAAUAUCCCACAAAGGAAAAAAGAAAAAAAACACAACAACUAAGGAAGAUGCCCUCAAGUUACAGGUUUCUGUAAAGAAUAGUGUAUUUUUAAGCACGCCUUUGGGAUAGUAGAAAAGCUUCCAUAAAACAUUGGCUGGUUGAUUUGCACUUGUUUCUUAUAAAUUCAACUGUGUGAGAGGCCAAGAGAACCUUGCCUCCAGUCCUAGCGUCCUUGAUGAAGCUGGAAUAAACCUGCGCUUUCAGUAGGAAAAGAAACAAGUUGGAAAUAUCCCUGUUGCCCACGUGGAGCCCAGGCACCAGCUCCAAACGCGUGGACGCUGACCUGCGGGGCGCCCGAGGCUUGGGCAGGCUGAGCGCUGGGAGCGCGGACGCCUCCCGACACGCUGCACGGAAGCAUGAAUUUUUCCUUACCAGACUAAAACUCGGCGUGCUUUUAAAUGCAGGGGGUUUGCGGGCUGUGUUCUCAUUGGAUCCUGGUUCUUGUUAGAACCCUGUCACUGGCGUGAUGUGGUUCAGGGUGGGGAGGUCAGCGUCGCCCUCGGGAAGGAUGGGGUAGGGUUGCAGGCAGGUCUAUGUUUGGCCCCCGAGCUGUGAAGGAAGGACCGUGCCCAGGACACUCUGCUUCCUCGCGUGUCUUUGCGCCAGCCGGGAGGGGAGACCGCAGCUUUGUGCGGCUGGUCCGGGCCCAGAGCCUUCUCCCCGCCAGCCUUGC